AGCUUUGAGCUCUUCUUGGUUGAAGAAGGAAGUUUUCUCUAUGGAUAUUUCAUCUGUGACAACGUUGCCUGAACAGCAGGUAAUAGUGGAGGAUCCUACCUUUCUUCAUCAAUGGCACUUGAACUCUCUGGAUGAUCCAAGCUUACUGCCCCUUGAUGCUGCUUUUGGAGAGACCUUAGAACAACAUUCAUUCUCUAACCCAACAAGGUUCAACCCCAAAACUUCCAUGGCAGAUACCCUUUCUGGCAUUGAAAGGCCCCAGAAACACCUGAAACCCAACAAUUGGAGCCCCAACACUAGUGAUCAGAAUCAGAUAUUAGACACAGACUAUGAUUCUUGUUCCAAUCUUCUUUCCUUUGUCAAUUCAAGUUACAUAAGUCAAUUGGGGACAUUAAAGCCUAAGGUGCAGAUACCAUGUCCUGAAAUCAACGGCACAAUCCUUUCAGACAUGUUGGCCUCUCAUGGAUCCUUGGGAAAUCAGAACUUUGUCUUCAAUGCCAGCCAAGAUGCCAGAAAGAAUGUUGGAACAAGUCCUAAACUUUCUCAACCUCAAGACCACAUUAUUGCUGAAAGAAAGCGGCGAGAAAAGCUCAGCCAGCGCUUCAUUGCUCUAUCUGCUCUUGUCCCCGGCCUUAAAAAGACGGACAAGGCUUCUGUUCUUGGGGAUGCUAUAAAGUACUUGAAGCAAUUGCAAGAGAGAGUGAGGGUCCUUGAAGAGGAACAGAGCAGAAGGAGGAGCGUGGAAUCUGUGGUGGUUGUGAAGAAAACUCAAUUAUUAGCUGAUGAAGGAGAUUGUUCUUCGGACUCUGGUGAUCCGCGUGAGGAGCCAUUACCAGAAAUUGAAGCUAGAUUUUGUGAUAGAAACGUCCUCAUAAGAGUUCACUGUGAGAAAACAACAGGAGUGAUAGAAAAAACAGUCAGUGAGAUAGAGAAACUUCAUCUGACAGUCACAAGUACCAGUGUCAUGACGUUUGGCAGUUCUGCUCUUGAUAUUACCAUAAUUGCUCAGAUGGAUAAGGAAUUUUGCAUGAAGUUGAAGGAGCUUCUAAGCAGCCUACGCUCAGCCUUUGAAUCUUUCAUGUGAAGAAGUUGCACGUUCAGUUCAUACCAAAAGAUAGAAGUUCAACUAUAUAUAUGUUGUUUACAAGGCUUGUUGUGUCGGGCAUCUUAGACCAUAAACACCAUGAACGUCUGCUGUGAGUUUUUUCCACAGGUGUUGGGUCCCCGGAAGGAGGAAAGUGUUGGGAAAGUGUCAGCUG